AUGUCGGAUAAUAUGCUUCACGUCUCAUGUUCCGGUAGUCCAUAUGAGAUUGGUCGGCAACAUGGCGAGCAAGCCAGCAGUCAGGUCUAUGGCAGCAUAGCCUUUUACGAUGACUAUUUCAAGCGAAAGACAGGAAAGUCGUGGCCCGAGGUCCAGGAAGUCGCGAAGCAGUUCUUGCCAUAUCUUACCUCGACAUGGCCUUCUUACCUAGAAGAAGUACGAGGCAUAGCUGAUGGAGCUGGCGUGCCAUUUGAGUCAAUCCUGGCACUCAAUGUGCGCACAGAGAUAGGAUUCGGUAUGCUCAAUGACGGCUGCACAGCAUUCGCUUGGAAGACAAAGACGGCUAGCUUCAUUGCACAGAACUGGGACUGGGAAGGUCAGCAGAAGGACAACAUCAUGUGCGUCAGAGUGGUUCAGAAGGACAAGCCAACGAUUCACAUGAUGACUGAAGCAGGCAUCAUUGGCAAAAUUGGCAUGAACAGUGCUGGCGUUGGAGUAACACUGAACGCUAUUGCAGCGAAAGGUGUCUCAUUUGAUAAGCUGCCAUGCCACUUUGCUUUGCGAAUAGUGUUAGAAAGCACUUCACUGCAAGAGGCAAAGCAGAAAUUGAACAAGGCUGGGCUGGCAUCCGCAUGCCACAUCACAGUGGCUGAUGCUGAGACUGGUAGUAUCGGCUUCGAAAACACAGCAGUUGACCAAAUAGAACUGCAUAUGAAGGAUGGGCUCAAUAUGCAUACGAACCAUAUAACAGUGCAGCGUCCUGGCGUUGAAGACAAAGGUAUGCUCGCAGAUUCACCGUUCCGGCUAGAGCGGAUCAAGGAACUUUUGAAAUCGGCAGGACCAGAACCGUCGAUGCAACAGCUUCGUGACAUACUCAAGGACGACAAGAAUUCUCCUUGUGCUAUCAAUAGAUCCCCAACCGAGAAAGCGACGAUUCAGACCUUGUUCUCGAUCGUGAUGGACUUGCAGAAUCGGUGCGCGGUGGUCAAAAUGGGUAGACCCACAGAGGGAGGAGAAGAGCUCGAAUUGAGGCCUUGA